AUGGCGUCCACGGAGGGAGAGGAUCGGGAGGGAGACUGGGAUACCCGGGGGAGACGAGGAGCUGGGAGGACGGAGGGGGACCGGGGGACCCAGAGCUGCCGGGGAGCGAUGGAGACCGGGGAAACAAGGGCGGCCGUGGCACUGGGAGACCGGGGCGGGAGGUGGAAUCCGGGGUGGCCGGGGGUGAGUGGAUCGGGGGACCGGGGAGAUCGAGGGACGGGACGGGCCCCCGCGGGCCGGGGCGCUGGCGCCGGUGCUCCCGCCGGUGGGAGCAGGGGGCGACGGGGAGGAUCCGCCGGGGGCCGGGGGGGGCGCGGCUCUGACGGCCCAUCUCGCUGGCAGUGCCUGACGGUGCCGGGGGACCCCGGGACCCUCCCGCGGCUCUUCGCCUUCUCCCUCUCACGCUGCGGCCGGGACGAGCCGCGGGGCAGCUUCGAGUGCGUGCGGCUGGCCGAGCCCCGGCUAGGUCAGAGCUGGCUGCACAGCCUGGGCAGCAUCCAGGAGAAAAUCACGGUCUGUGCCUGGGAGAGCACCCACUGUCUGUCCCCGGCGAAGGAGCCCUGCAGCAGAGCGGUUGUUGAGCCUGAUCCAGCUGUGCUUGGCUACGGCAAAGGCAUUGCAGCUUCUGAGAAGGUCGGUGUGACCGGCUCGCUGGGGAAGGGCUCUGUCUGCCGCGUCCAUGUCCCUACAACAGCCAGCCCCAGGGCUUCUCGUCACAGACUGGCUCAGCCCCGGGCCCCGCAGCCCCGUCCCAAGCACAAGCUGGAGGGGACGCCGGCGGGCAGGCCUGGCCAGGCACAGCUGCUGGUGGCAGUGGAGGAGGUCACGGGGAUGGACCCCGCUGCCUGCUGCUGCCACGGGAGGGGGACCCUGGCGGGCCGGGCGCAGGAGGACUGGCCAGGGACCAUGGCCCAGGAGCAGCAGCAGGAUGCCCCACUGCAGCACAGGAGCUGGGACUGUGGACCCUCAGCCCUGUCCUUCCUGGUGCCUCUGCAGCAGCCUCCGGAGCACAGCUCCCCUCGGGCCACCGGCAGAAACCUCCUGGGGGUGAAGCACCUGGGACUGCUGGAUUCCUCAGAUCCAAGAGCCAGCAAGAGGCACUGGAGCUGCCCACGGAUGCUCAACACGCAGCACCCAGGACUGUGGGUCCAGCAGCAAGCUGUCCCUCUGGCCCCCAGCAGCCACGCUGGGGAGCUGGAGAGCCCCAGGAGCGAGGAGGAGAGGGGUGACGGCUGGGAGGAGAGAGUCCAGUGCUUGGAGCAGCACCUCUCUGUCCCCAGAGAUGCCAGGCCCCAGGCCACCAGCUCCUCCUUGGCUGAGGUCCCCGAUUACUUGUGGUACCGCACCAUCUGCUCGUCGGAGCAGCGCCGAGCCUACGAGGCCGCGUUCAGUGCUGACUAUGGCGAGUACUGCGACCUGCACGCCCGCGUGGGCAGCGUCAGCCGCAGGUUCGUUCAGCUGGGAGCCAAAAUGAAGACGCUGAAACAAGGAACGAAGGAGCGCAAGGCGAGGGGGAGACCUGGGGCACGACGGUGCGAUGCAGCCAUGCUCCGGCCCCACUCACUCCCUCCUUUUGGGUUUCAGGCACUGGAAGCUGCAAUUGUGGAUGAGUACAGACACUUCAAGAAGACCUACCCUAGCUACCAGCAGGAGAAGAACCGCUGCGAAUACCUCCACCAGAAGCUGUCUCACAUCAAGAGCCUGAUCCUACAGUUCGAAGGCAGCGGGAGCUCCUAGGCAAACCCUGCUUGCAAUUUCCUUGCUUAUCAGGGCCUGUUCCCCAAGUGGAUCCCUGAGGAUGCUUAGGUUAAGGCUGAGGUUCAGGAGCACCCCACAGCCCACGGUGGCUGCCGGGCUGCUCCCGCUGCCAUUUCACCGGGGCUGGGUGGGUUCCUGCCCCUGCAGAGCAGGAGGUCCUGGCUGCUGAGGACCUGGCUGCCAGCCGUGACUGUUACUUACACCCUCUCCCAGAGCUGGGUCAGCUUUCCACAGCCCAUGUCACUCACCUUUGCUGAGUUAACCUGCAAAUCCUUCCUCAGGUGUCAGUUUCUCCUCAGCUGAUGCCUCAUUAGCAUCAGUUUAAUUGCAGCACUGUGGUAAGGGAUACCCAGACAGCCACUGUCACUCCCCAGCCCUCUCUCACCUUUUGAGUGUCCUUCUUGGCAAGAAAGGACACUCUUGUCCUUUCUAGGAAGUCCUUCUUGCCAGAAAGCUCCACCAAAAUGGUGCUUCCUUCUCUCCCCCAGCCCCAGCAAUCACCAGGAGAGGACUUUGGGCCAGACCCACCAAGGAACUGAACUAGUGCUACCAGGUCUGGCCACAGACCAGGGAGCAAAGCCAGGAUCAAAGAAGCUUCCCCUGGCUCCCCCAAGCCUGACACAGGACCUUGCCCUUGGGGAGCAGAGCUCCGGUGUGGUUUUACAGGAGGUAGUCACCAGCAGUCCCACUAGAGCCCGUUGCACGCCCCCUGCUCUGUGCACCACCAUCUGGCCCCAGCUGCAGCGGCCCUGCCAGCUCGAGGACCACUCUGUCACAUACAUCCACCCAAACACCUUGGUGUCUGUUCUGGGGACAGAGCACCCAAGAGCCAGCAGCAGGGCACGGAGCAUAGAUGUGUAAGACACUGAUGUAGCUGUGGAGGAAAUGGUUGUGUUUCAGAACUGGUAGGGUGUAGCUGUUGU